UCUAGCAAGACGACCGAAGAAGGAAAAAGACACAGAAAAAUAUCUCAUUUCUCCAUCUGAUUGUUGGCGCUAAUUGUUUGUAUGAAUUUCCAAGCCUCCUCUUCAAAUGGGCGGAUUUAGUUGGCUAAGAAAUCGGCCAAAAUCUAUUUUGCAAAAUUUCUUGUAUUGCCAGCAGCAUUUGCUUUCAGUGGAAUCAGUAUGCGGUCAUGUAGCUUUGAAGGCUCCGAUUAUUCAUAGUCGAGCUUUCUACAAUAUUGGAUAUGCUGGAAAGCCUACAGAUUUUGCAACUAUGAGAACCCUACUAUUGAGGCGCUUUAUCCAUGCUACAGGAUCUCGUACCGCAAGUGAAGGAGACCACUACCAAGUUCUAGGUGUUCCUCAGAAUGCUAGUAGAGAUGAGAUCAAGAAGGCUUUCCAUGGUCUGGCGAAGAAGUAUCACCCAGAUGCAAAUAAAAAUAAUCCCUCAGCAAAAAGAAAAUUCCAAGAGAUAAGGGAGGCUUACGAGGUUCUGCAAGAUUCUGAAAGGAGAGCUGAAUAUGACAAGAUGAAGCAGCAAUCCAGGCGAAAGGAAAACAUGGAUUAUUCUUCCGGAGGUGCCGGUGGAUUCAGACAUGCUAAUAGAAGUGCUGAAUUUUCUGAUUCUUUCCAAAAAAUAUUUUCUGAGAUUUUCGAUGAAGAUGCAGAUAAUUUUACAAGUGAUAUUCAGGUUGAGCUGUCAAUUUCCUUUAUGGAGGCUGCUCAAGGCUGCACAAAACACCUAUCAUUUGAUGCAAACAUCCUUUGUGAUUCGUGCAAUGGGCAUGGUUACCCUGUUAACGCUAAGGCAAAAAGUUGUCCAACUUGUAAGGGCGUGGGGACAGUUUUUAUUCCUCCAUUCAUGGCUAGGUGCAGCACUUGUAAAGGGUCAGGCCAUAUAAUUAAGGAAUACUGUAGGUCAUGUGGAGGAUCAGGGGUUGCUGAGGUAGUCAAGGAGGUUAAAGUUCCCAUACCAGCAGGCGUAGACUCUGGUGAUACCAUAUCUAUUCCAAGAGCUGGCAAUGUUGGAAGACGGAGUCAACCUGGUACCUUAAUUAUAAAACUGAAGGUUGCUGAAGACGCUGUUUUUCAGAGAGAUGGUGCAGAUCUAUAUGUGGACUCAAAUAUCAGUUUCACUCAGGCGAUUAUUGGUGGUAAGAUUGAGGUACCGACUUUGAAUGGAAAGACGCAAGUAAAAAUACCCAAAGGGGUUCAGCCUGGACAGCUAACAAUAUUAAGAGGCAAAGGCUUGCCAAGGAAAGGAUUUUUUGUUGACCAUGGAGAUCAGUAUGUACGUUUCCGCAUUCGUUUCCCUACAGUGGUGAAUGACCGUCAACGUGCUAUAUUAGAAGAAUUUGCCAAGGAGGAAAUUGAACAGGCUCACAAGAUGUCAGCUGAUGGAAACUGGCUUUAUCAGCAGCUAUCUUCUACUGGUUGAACUUACAGGUGGCUUCAAAUAACUGAAUACGUUACAACCCCAAAAUUCAUGCUUGAAUUCUCUGCCUUAAUGCUGCUGCUUCUCUUCCUAAACAAAGUCUUGAGCUAGACCCUUCUCGUCAUCCAAAAUGGAGGUCAAAAGGUCAAUUCGGAGUGUUCGUGACACAUAUUGCUGCCAUGCCAGCAUUCACAAGAUGUACAGAUACCAUAUCAAUCAUUUUCUUCAGAAAUUUUGUCGACAUCCCUCGAAGAAAGCAUAGAUUUGCAUUGUUAUUUCAUACAUGAAGUCAUCUUUCAACUGUGAGUUGCUGCUUCGAUUAUUUCACAUUUUUGGAUGGUCAAUAAGAUGAUCGAAAUCUGAAGUAACAAUUGUAUUGAGCCUUUUGUACUUUGUGCAUUAGAAGUUGUACGUUAAUAAUAGGCAUAAACUUGGCUGUUUACAUGAUACCUUCAGGAUGGAUGGAUGGAUGUAUACUCGAUUCAGAUUUGAAUUCUGAAUUUGGAGAACAAAUUGGAACCCAAAAGUUCACUCAUUUUUGCUAUUGAAUACAAAACCUCGUUU